UUAGGUACGCUUUAUGAACAACUUUUAAUGUUAAAUUAUCGAGAUUAUUGAUUAAAAGUACUUGUAUAAAAUUUGACCUAUAAUUAAAAUUAAAAUUUAGAACAAUACAUUCACAUAAAAUCUAUUAUAUUUAGGCUAUUCACUGAAUAAAAAGUAAAUAUCAAUUUGCGCAUGAACACUAACAGGUGGUUGAAAUAUUGAUUUCGCUUGAUAUUUAAUGUUGAUGAAAGUAAAUAUCAAAAUGUUAAGAUUAUGGGUAUUUUUCAGUUGGUAUGCUAUUUUGGCAUUACAUACUAUCUGUAAGAGUGCAGCCGAUCAAACACCAGUUACUUUUACUUUCAAAGAAUAUCAGUACAAGGAUACUCCAAAAAAUGAAAUGACUUUUCGAGAAUUCGAGACUGCAUGUGAACAAAGCAGCGCUUGCAGCAAAAUGAAUGGGUUAACGAGAAUGCGCUGUGUACGUGAAUGCGUAUCACCGUCAUGCUACAAGGAGCUUUACCAAACAGAUCCACUUGAAGAAGGUGAAAUUGAUGUCAGAUUAAACUCUUUUAAAGGUUGUUUCAUUCAGAGGACUGGCCGAACUAGAAAUUGAUUUUCUGCAAAGUUGCUCUCAUCUUUAAUUUUAGUAACUAAUAAGAUCAACAAAAUCCGUAAGAAAGUGAACUUUGUAGCAUUGGUAAGUUAAAUAUCAUAAAAGUUAUUUGGUAAUUAUUAUUAUAAUAUAUUUUUAGUUUGUGCAUUAUUUACAAAAUUAUAUCAACAAGUAUAUUAUUGAUAUAAUUUUCAUUAAGAUUAUUCUGAAAAUUAAUACAUACCAUAAUCUCCACAAAUUGCUAAUGCACCUGGCCGCCGUUUUGAUGACGUAAUUGCGUUAAAAAGUCAGUACCGUUAACAAAUAAAACACUGUUUGACAAGUAUACUUAUUGAGUUGGGUUGUGUUGACACACAUCAUUUUUGUUGUUUUUGUUGGUUUCGAUUG